UUAUGCUAUAUAUUGGGAUCCUGAAAUAAUAUGAAAUGCUUUUUUCCAAAAUUAAUAAAAUUAUACUUCUAGGAAUAUUGAUUUUAAUUGUUCCUAUUUAUGGCAAUCAAAGCACACAUUUGAAAGUUAGAGAUUCUCCAGUAUCUGCAGGAAAUAUGCUGUUUGAGGAUUUUGUUGUUAAGGAAGAAGAUAUCCUUGCUUAUAUUUUGAAAGAAGAUUAUAAAGAUCAAGAUAAAUGUGAAUCAAAGCUUGGGGAAUAUUGUGAAGAAUUGAAAGGAAUAGAUUCAGAAUUAAAUAGAGUUCAUACUAAAGUUAAAGAAAUUUGUGAUAAUAUAAAAAAAAAAUGCGAAGAUCUGAAUGAUAAAAUUGAAAUAGAAUUGUCGGAUUUUAAUAGGAAACUUGAUUCUGCAUUGGGAAAUCUAAAAGAUCAAGAUUGUAAAAAUAAUGAGGAAAAAUGUAUAUUUUUAGAAGAAGCAUAUCGUUAUGAUGAUUAUAAGGAGAAUUGUGUCAAGUUAAGGGAAAGAUGUUACAAAUUGAAGCGCCAAAAGGUGGCAGAUGAGCUUCUUUUCAGGGCGCUCGGAGGGGAUGCUAAAGAUGAUGGUAAAUGUAAAGGAAAGAUGGAAAAGGUUUGCCCAGUGUUAAGUCGAGAAAGCGACGAGUUCAUGUUUUCUUGCCUUAAUCUAACUAAAACGUGUGAUGAUCUAAAAAGCAAAUUGGGUAGUGUUUGCCUGCCUUUACAAACAGAAUUGAAUAAGGACGAAUUAGCGGAAAAGUGUCAUGAAAGACUUGAGAAAUGUCAUUUUUACGGAGAAGCGUGUGAUGAUGCAAAAUGUCAGGUCUUUGAGGAGGAAUGCAAGAAAAAUAAUAUUACAUAUAAAGCGCCGGAAUCUGAUUUUAGUCCGGUGAAACCGAGGGCGUCGUUGUUGACAAUGAUUGGGUUGGAAGAUGUCUAUAAAAAUGCGGAAAAAGAUGGGAUUCUUAUUGGAAAAGCAGGAGUGGAUGUACCAAGGAAGUUGGGCAUAUAUUUUCUGCAAGAUAUCUUACUACUGUUGAGCGAAAAUGUGAAUAAGAAUGAUGCGGGGAAGAAAUGCGCCGAAGCGUUAAAAAAAUGUAAUGAUUUUAAGCAUUUGGGUAACGAAAUGACAAAGUUAUGCAAAUAUCUUAGUAAUGAAGAGAAAUGCAAAAAAAUACUAGAAGUAGAAAAAAGAUGUACAAAAUUCAAAUCAGCACUUUUUCAGAAAGACUUGUCUACAGAAUAUAAUGAUGAUGUAAAAUCAGAGCUUUUAUCGUGGAGACAUCUGCCUACAUUUUUUACAAAGGGAGAGUGUACGGAACUUGUCUCGGAAUGUUUCUAUUUAAAAACGGCGUGUAAUAAUAAGAUUAAUGAAGCAUGUCAAAAUGUACAUGCAGCGUGCUAUAAAAUAGGAAAAGAUAGGAUAUUGAAUAAGUUCUUUCAAAAGGAAUUGAGGGGGAAGCUUGGUGAUAUAAGAUAUUAUGAUGACGAUCCUGAAGAUUGUAAAAAAUCUGUGGUAGAAAACUGUACAAAACUUGAUGAAAGAUACCUUUCAAAAUGUCUUUACCCUAAAAGACUAUGUUAUGUGCUUUCAGAUGAUAUUUUUCUUCAAUCAAAAGAGUUAGGUGUGCUUUUGGAUAGUCAGAGAGAUUUUCCAUUAGAAAAGCAUUGUGUUGAAUUGGGGGAGAAGUGUGAUGAACUUGAAAGUGAUUCAAAUUCGAAUUCUAGAAAGUGUGCAACAUUGAAAAUACUCUGUGAAUAUUUUAGGGUUGCAGAGAAAUUUAGAAAAGUAUUUUUAAAAAGAGAAGAUGAUGCAUUAUACGAUGAGCAAAACUGCACGAAGGCGUUGCAUGAGAAAUGUGAUACUUUAUCUAGGGGGGAAAAUCCAUUUAGUAUUUCAUGUGCUUUGCCAAGAGAAACAUGUGAAUAUAUGGUACUCCAUACAAAAGAUGAAUGUAGUAAUUUAAAAAUCAACAUGGAGAGUAAAGCAAUUGUACAAAAAAUUGGAGAAGCAAAUGCAAAUGAAACCUUGGUUGAAGAACUCUGUACAACAUGGGGACGAUAUUGUCACCAACUUGUGGAGAAUUGUCCAGAUCAGUUGAAAGAAGAUAAUAAGAAAAAUGACGAGAAUUGUGUAAAACUCCAAGAAAAAUGCAAUAAAACCUUUGAAAAGUUGAAAUCGAAGGAUGAGCUGACUCAUCUGUUGAAAGGCAAUUUAAAGGAUGAAAAUGAAUGUAAAAAAACAUUAGAAAAGUAUUGCACUAAGUUGGAAAAGAAUGAAACAUUUAAAACUCUGUUUGAUAAAUGUGAUGAAGAAACUACCAAAGAACUUUGCAAAAAAAUAGUUGAUAAAGUAGAGAAGAGAUGUCCUAUUUUAAAAAUCGAACUGGAGAAGGCGAAAGGGAAGUUGAAGGACAAGAAAGAUAAAUACGAUAAGCUCAAAAAGGCAGCAAAAGAAUCUACGAAUAAAGCUAGCUUAUUGCUAUCAAGGCCUGGACAAACCGUAAUGCCAAGUGCGCAGAAUAGCAGUGCUUCUGCACCACCACUACUACCACCAUCAGGGUCAUCACCAGCACAGCCAUCUUUUAUACCAAGCAUACCAACUAGUGGAACGACGAACCAUGCAAAAUUCGGACUUGUUAAAAGAGCGUAUGUAGCUGGAGGGAUAUCAAAAACAGAGAUAAUAGCAUUUGAUGAGACAGCAAUAGCAUUGGUGUUGUAUUUGGAAUUGAAAGAGGAAUGUAAAGCUUUAGAACUAGAUUGCGGUUUUGGAGAGGAUUGUCCGGGUCUUGAAGUUUGCGGAGAAAUAGACACGUUAUGCAAAGGAAUAGAACCAUUAGAAAUUAAGCCUCAUCAUACAGAGACAGAAAAAGAAACGGUGACGGAAACAACGACCACUGAGACAACCACUACAACGACAAUGACAACGGCAACGACAACGACAACGACAACGACAAUGACAACGGCAACGACAACGACAACGACAACGACAACGACAACGACCAAGUUGGUAAAUGGAGGAAAAGUAACAGAAGAGUGUACAUUAGUCAGGACGAUAGAUACAUGGGUGACAAGUACAUCAUUGUAUACGAGUACGACAACGAGCACGUCGACAGUGACGUCUACAGUGACGUUGACGUCGAUGCGGAAGUACAACCCUACAAAAUCUAUAAACGAUUCAAGCAAAGAGACACAGAAAGAAGAAGAAGAAGAAGUGAAACCAAAUGAGGGGAUGAAAAUGGAAGUCCCAGAUAUAAUAAAAAUAACACUAUUGGGAGUGAUUAUUAUGGGAAUGUUAUAAAAUGAAUAAGAAAAAUAGCAUUGGAAUGAAAUCUUGCAUAUAUU